AUGAAGAAGAUGUCUCGGAACAAAAAGACAAAGACGAACGGCUCUAAGAAGAAGCCGGGUUCUGCCAUUCCUCCCAAACCUUUCAGCAGAGGCAAACUGGGAGAGAGUAUCUUUAAACACGCUCUAGGAUUCAAUCUGACCGACACCAACAUGCAGCUCAUGAAUGUGCAGUAUAACAAUCUGCACGAUCCGCACCUGAAGCACUUUUUCCAUCAGCCAGACAAGAAAAAACACCUGAAGAAACUGGGGCUCAUCACAAAAGACGACAAAGUGCUGUGCUCUCUGAAGGAGUUCAGGCAGUACAUGCGCUACAGAAAGGCUGUUCAGAUGAGCUGGGAGAAGCAUUUCCUCCAGGAACAGAAGCAGCUCCUGAAAAAGUUCAUGAAGCUGAAACUGAAAGGUAGAAUCCCAGAGAACAUCAGCACUUCAGACAUGAGGGACUGGCUGAUACGGAAAGGAAAGAAAACCUUCAGGAAAGUGUAUGUGCAAAACAGUAAACCUGGGAGUAACCAAAAUUAUGAUCAAGUGAUGUGGGAGGUGAGCCAACGACUCCAGCUGGAAAAACUAGAGAAGGAGGUGAUGCGAGAACUCCGACUGGAACGCCGAAUCCUACUGGAAGGAAAGGAUGAAAUUUCACCUCUUUUUGACGCUCCAGUGCAAAGACCUUUGAGCACCAUCCUGAGUCUGGGGUCUUCACCUCCCAUGUCCUCACCGAGUCCUGAAGGUCAGGCAGUACUCCACUUUGUCCAUCAGGACGUAGACGAGUUGUCAGACGCUCAUCCUGAAGAUACACUUGUAGGGGAUGAAAUUUCAGCCCUUUUUGAUGCUCCAGCACGAAAACAUUCAAGCACUCUACUGACUCGGUGCGCUUCAUCUCCCUUGUUGUCACUGAGUCCUGAAAGUCAGGCAGUACUUGACUUUUUCGAUCAGGAUGUGGAGGAGUUGUGCCUUUCAGACACUUAUAAUGAAGAUACACAUGUGGAGGAUGAAAUUUCAUCUCCUUUCGAGGCAUCAGUGCAAAGACCAUUGGGCACCGUACUGUCUCGGGGCUCUUCAUCUUCCUUGUCGUCACUGAGUUCUGAAAGCCAGGCAGUACUGGACUUUUUCAAUCAGGACGUGGAUGAGGUGUGUCUGUCAGACACUUAUUCAGAAUCCUCUGGAGAUACAUAUGUGAUAACAGCGGAAGAUCUCCAGCAUUCCAUGACUGGAAUCGACACUGCAGCGAAACAAGAGGACGUCGUGGAGUCGAGUUCUGUUUUUCCAAGUCCUGAAAUGAGAACAGAUUCAAGCAUCUCCAAAGAUCAGCUUCAGACGACGGUGCUGGAGGUGUUGAACAAGUUCGUAACUGAAAUAUCAACACCUAGUCUCAUGUUGGAGUGGAAGAGCUGCUAUACUGAAGAUAGCAAAAACCCUCCAAUGGAUGACCCUGAAUUUGAGGAGGACAUGGAGGAGAUUACUUUAGACGAUCCAAAUGUCCAGCCCUCUACUUCACACACCGAGACUUCCUCUGUGAUCCCUCAUAUCAGUAAGGAUGUCAUGAUGUUCACCGUGGAUAGAGUGAUAUCACUCGUUCUGCCCCAGACUGAGACAGCUUUAUCAUCUGGGAGCUCUCAAACUUUGGAGAGAAUUUCUGAUGAGACUCCGUCCAUGGAUUUCUCAGACUGGAGAUCAGCCUUAAUUGAAGAAGUCAGUUCAACAUCUCUGACUUCUGAGACAGAGGCUGAAAAUCUUGAGAGCUCCGUGUUGCUGGCAGAGAUGAUGGUGAAGGACGUGGUGGAGGAGUUGAUUCAGUAUGUGAGUCAAAAGAACACGUCCUCUAGAGAUCAGGUGGAGCAAGAGUCCAAGAGUCCUCCAAGGUCUGAUAAUCAGAGUUUUCGUGAGGUUCCAAGUGUCCUGUCAUCAGAUAGCACCACUGAGAGCUUCUACUGCCCCUCACAAAUCAGCUUGUUCACUGAAGAUAUUGUGAGAUCUGCUCUGGACAGGGUGGUAGCAGUGAUCUCUGAGCAAGAGGCACUGUUUGCUCAGGAGAGAUCAGAUGAUGCCUCCAGUGAGUCGGAUUCGCCCCCUGGCAGUCCUCGAGAGGAGCCUGAUGGACCAGCUGGAAGUCAAAAAGACACCAAUAAUCCUUUUAGACUUUGUGGUGGAAACCCUGCAAGCCACUUAAGUUCAGAGACGAGGAACACCCUCAGUGAGACCCUACUGGGAAUUCAGAACAAGGUAGCAAGUGGAAACCUUUCUGACUGGAUGGAGCCGACUGUCACACCUGAAAACGUGGUGAUAAUCAUGGACCUGAUCACUGAAAUACUGAGAGCGAGCACACCUGAAGACUCCACUGAUGCUUGCAGCUCAAAAUGUGAGAAUGACAUCGGAGACACCCCAGCUGGUGGAAAACGAAAGAUGAAGAAGCCAAUACGUGACUUCUUUAAAAGAGCCUGGCAGACGAUGAGGGGAGUUUUCACCUCUGGGAGACAAUCCAACAAGAUCCACCCAAACGGCUAA